AUGCUUCCUGGAAGAUUGCGUACAAAGACUGAUCUCUGCGACAAAAGAUAUCGACAGCGAGUCUCCGAAGACCUAUCUCCCCGGAUGCCUUCUGACUCUGGUCUAGAGGUCUCCGACGGCGUCAUAUCUCCGGAAAUCUGCAGCCCGCUCCGCCUCCUCUCGAACCCCCAAACCUCGGCCGUGAACUCGGAGCUUGAGGUCGAGCUGGUCCAACAUUAUCUCGACAAGCUCAUCUCGGUUCUUCUGCUCCCCAACGUGCAAAAGGGCUUCUAUGCCGACUAUCGGUCGCGUGUCGUCAGCAUGAUGGUGAACUGCGAGAGCGUUAACGUUCCUCCUCCAAAUGCGCAACCCUUCGCCGCAAGCUUCCGCGUAGACGAGGCCCUUGUUCGCCAGAACGAGACUAUCCUGAGGUCUCUGACGUACUGCAACAUCUCUUCAGCCGAGAACAGCCCCAUUCUCGGCAUACCCCUCCCCAUAUACCGAUUGAUUGCAACCAUGAUCGAAUUUCAUAAUGCGCCCGCCAGCUUUGGCCCUGGCGCACUAACUCGGCUCAAGUACGAGAUGGAAAUUUGGGAGGCCGUCCUCUUGACCCAUCGGGCCUUGCUCCAUGCCGGAACCUCCCUUGUGGGGAAUCCUCACGCAGACGCUAUGGCCCUCUUUAUCCUUUCGGCUUCCCUCCUACUUGACAUAAUAUCGGAACAGUACGAAGGACAACCCUACGAAUCUACCCAAACAAGCCAUCAUCAGCCCGACUCCGUCUCUUCUAUCCGUGCCAAGGCGAGAGAACGACAGGCCGCCACCCCCCGGUGGCAGGUCGAUAUGGCACUCUCUAUGCUCAAGAUGUCGCGUGUUUACGAAAGCUGGACUCGCUGCUAUCUCGGCUCCUGGUCUAUGCUGAUUCUGGGCUAUUCUGUCGAAAGUUCCGGUGACAGGCUUGUGGUGAAGCAGGUUUUACGCGACGUGAGACGGUGA